ACAGGCCUUUCGAGUAGCAAAAUCUAUGUGUUUUUACCUUUAAGCUCUUCAACCAAACUUACAUUGCUGAUGUUUUCUGUAAUUAUGGGUAUAUUAGCGUUUUUCGGAAAUGUUCUCAUACUUUGUUUUGUUAAGUCGAACCAAAGUGCAGCGUCCUUUCUUAAGUCUUGUUCUUUCCGGAAAAAUUUUGAUGUCUACAUCUCCAGCCUUGCUAUAUCUGAUGCACUUUGCGCGUUUAUAGUUCUUCCGCUUACUGGUUGUCAGUUAUUUUUUGAAGUUUUUGAACGAGGAUGGGGCUGUAGAAUCCUUCGCUACUUGGGUAUUUUCUUUCCUUCAGUUACCAUAAAUAAUCUGUUGAUUAUCAUCUUUGGAAAAUAUUUUUCAACACGUCAGAUACCUCGUAUACUGAAACAUUCUACUGUUAAAAAAUUGCUUUACCUUACCUGGUUCUCAACAUGUGUUUACGUAUUGCUCCCCGUUGCAACUAUGGAGGGGAUUAGAUAUGAUCUAAAUGACACACAUUACACUGUAGUUUGCAGGCCUAAUCAUCAGUAUGUGUCAUUUGGAGUAGUGAACCUGGCCUUUAUAGCUUUUCAAUACUUUUUGCCAAGUAUUGUGAUUUUUACUUUAACUAUAUGCUUGAUCUUGACUGUGCGGUCAAGAAUGAAAAGAGCUAUCGACAUCCAAUGUGAUAAUGCUAUCAAAGUCAUGAAGAGGGCUGAAAACAGACGAUUAACCAUGAUAUUGGUUUCUAUUAUGCUCAUGUUUAUACUUUCAUACGCGUUUUUUUUAAGUUACUUAAUUUUUACAAUUUUGACAAGAUCACAAGAUCACACCAUUAGUUUUGAAAGUGAUUUUCUCAUCCGUUAUGUGGGUGCUCUGUUGGCGUUUUCCAACAGUCUCGUUAACGUGAUAAUAUAUCUUGUUCAAAUGAAGGAUUUUCGGCACUUUUUGAAAACAAAGAUCACUUCGAAUUUUUCGAACUAAAAUUUGGUUGUUGAUUCCAAUAUUGUCAAAUCUAGUUUGAAAUUCAGAAGCAAAAUGUCUAAAGGCUUACAUCCAGCUUACAAGACUCUUAUAAAAGGAGCAGUAGGUGCAAUUGAUACUGAAAACGUCGAUUGUCGUUGAAUUUUUAUGGAAACCAGAAAACAGAUUACUGCUUGCCGCAAUUCAUAUUGAUACUGGCAACAGAUUUAUUAACAGUUUAGUAGCGUUUGGCGCACUACUCAUUCUCAACUAUGCCAGCAGGUUUUUAUAAUGUCUUCUUUUAAGUGCAGCAGGUCUUGCUAAAAGCCUCAUUUGUAAAUAGCCACGUCGGUGAAGAGGAAGAGGAAACG